GUCUCCUGGUUCCACCCCCGGAACCCCCAGGGGAUCCUAGCCGUCGUCACGAUCAUCGCCUUCGUCCUAAAACGCUACACGAACGUCAAGGCCAAGGCCGAGAUGGCGUACCGUAGAAAGUUCUGGAGGAACAUGAUGCGCGCGGCGUUGACUUACGAGGAAUGGGCUCACGCCGCUAAGAUGUUGGACAAGGAGACUCCGAAGAUGAAUGAAUCCGAUCUUUACGAUGAAGAGUUGGUUAAGAACAAGCUAAUGGAGCUUCGUCAUCGACGCCAAGAAGGCUCUCUGAGAGACAUUAUGUUCUGUAUGAGAGCUGAUCUGGUAAGGAACCUCGGGAACAUGUGUAACUCUGAGCUACAC